UGCCUGUGAAAGAGGCAAUAUGAACGAUCAGAUUUUACCACAGUCUACGAACUCAAGCAGCAUAGAAACAACUCCUAUCGAGACGGUCACCAUUUUUGCAUGGCUAUUGGAGCCCAUGCAACAAGCUAGUCGAAAAAAGAAGCAGGCCUCGAAGCCUUAUAUUUAACUGGCCUCGCACAGGAAUGCAUCAUUGGGACUGAGAAAUCUAGAUUGCUGAGUAAAAUGGUAGUUAUUCGUCGACCUGAUCAUCGCAACCGUUGGCGGACCAGAAUCGUCGUCGGAAAUGUUCGCAACGCGUUUAUCUUUCUUGUGACCAGUUAUUUUCCCCUAUGCGCGAUCUUCAAGCUCGCAGCAACCCGUAUCUUGCAUCUCGGACUUGGCUGGUGGGUAUGGGGCUAUUUCUUCUCAAUAUCGCUGAUGACGCUCGUGGUCUACGGAUGGGACAAGCAAAGCCCUGAGAUGGGAGGAUGGCGUACCCCUGAAAGGACUCUUCACGCUUUGGAACUUCUGGGCGGCUGGAUGGCCGCUUUUGUCGCCCAACUUUGGUUCCGGCAUAAAACCCAGAAAGUGAGCUAUCAAAUUGUCUUUUGGUCAAUUGCUUUGUUCCAUCAAUAUCUCGCAUUGCAUUUCCUAAAUGAGUGGUUGUACGCCGUGAAAUUGCUCAAUUCCGUCAUUGGUUUAUUUCGCUAACAGCAAAGCACGAAUGGCUUGAAUUGAAGAAGUCACCAAGCUAAAAAUGUGUAAAAAGCAUAUUAUUAGUGAAG